GAGACCAUCCCCAUAUUAGGUACCCGCUUUACGCGGUGAGGAGAGAUAGGAUGUCCUUAGAUGUACCAUUAGUGAGCAUCUUGGGCGGAGGGAUGUCUCACUGGAAAAUAAUUAUUGGCUUUCCUCGACGACCCUCAUUUUGAAGUAACAACUCAUUUGGAGCCAUCGAUGGAGGAGGAGGCUCACGGUUUUGUGCGUGAAAUAGUGGUUUCGCACACCCAAGACGACCAAAUGUCCGACUCGAUCCUCAAUCGAGACUGGGACCGCGAGCCAGUUGUUCAGGCAUCACCUCAUCGGUGGCAUCACCUCCUCCCCCUCAGGGUGAUUAUUCUAAUGAUCUGUACAUCGUCUGACUGGAUUUAUGGUGCAGGAGAUCGGCAUGCUGUGUCGAGAGCUGAUAGGAGUUAUAUCAGAGGAGGUCGGCUCGCUACGCUGAGAUAUGAUGGAGCAGGUCGACGAUCUGGGACACCAGUUGGUAGGAAGGGUCGAGGAUAUAGCUGACGAUGUUAGAGUACUGCGUGGGCAUUUAGGUGACCUUCAGGAUGAGGUGAUAGCACUUCGAGGUGAUCUAUCAGGCAGACGAUAGGGUAACGAAGGUGACGACCGGGGGUGAUCGAGAGGAUAGAGAUGAGGGUCACCCACAGUCGUGGUUGGAGGAUGCAUGGGAAUCCUUUCUUCAAUCCAUGGAGGAUAGGAUGGCCCUGAGGGCAGAGAAGAGGGUGGCCCCGUCGAGGAUGGGAGCUACGAUUGAGGAGGUGGUGCCAACGAUGGCGGAUGAAGGGGUCGAGAAGGUAGUGAUGACGGGGGGUGGACCCCUUGAGGAGGGAGCUAUCGUCGAAAAGGUGGUGACGACGGGGAUGGAGGAGGAGGUGAAAGGUGGCGAUCAUUGGGGCGAAGAAGGGGACGAUGCUCGAGGUGGACGAGGGGAGGACGACCACCGUGACUGGGGCGAAAAAUCAUGUUGUUCACGUGCCGGAGCUAA